AUGGGCUUAUCGGGGUCUAUGCACUCCAAAGUAAAACAAGCCAGAAUCCUGCUACUUGGCUUGGACGCUGCAGGGAAAUCUACUGUUCUGUAUAGAUUCAAAUUUAAGGAGCCCUUUUCCACUAUCCCAACAGUUGGAUUUAAUGUGGAGAUGAUUCAGGCGAAGAAGCACCUGCAGUUAACUAUUUGGGACAUUGGAGGACAGGAGAAGCUGAGAUCCUUCUGGUGCUACUACUUUGAAAACACAGAUGGACUGGUCUAUGUUGUGGACAGCACCAACAAGCAAACUUUGGAUGAAUCAAAGAAACAGUUUCAGUUCAUCCUCCAGAAUGAGUUGAUAAAAAAUGUGCCAGUGGUUGUAUUGGCCAACAAGCAAGACCUGCCUGGAGCUCUAAAUGCAGAUGAAAUUACUCGAAAGUUUAAUAUGAAGAAGUACUGCUGUGACCGGGAUUGGUAUGUCCAGCCAUGCUGCGCCAUUACUGGGCAGGGACUAGCUGAAGGUUUCAACAAAGUGAGUGAAUUUGUAAAGAAAUCUAAAGAAGAAGCUUUACGGUUCACCAAGCAGAGCGUAAUACUUAAAACUUCGCGUAAAGUAUGA